AUGACCUCCUCCGACCACAACAAGCACCCGCCCGCGGCCGAGUGUUGCUUCUACCUCGGCCUCAAAUACCCGCCAGUACCCCUGAAACCACCCACCCCUCUCCCCUCCUCGUCUGAGCUCCUCUCCGAGACCAAAUCUCUCCUACGCCUGGCCUCCCCUAUUGCCCUCACCACUCUUAUCCACUACACCCGCUCCAUGCUCUCCAUGCUCUUCCUCGGCCGCCUCGGUCAGGCCCACCUCGCUGCCGGCUCCCUUGCCAUCGCCUUCGCCAACAUCACCGGUUACUCGGUCCUCUCCGGGCUCUCCCUCGGCAUGGAGCCCCUCUGUUCACAAGCCUUCGGCGCCAACCGCCAUGCCCUCCUCUCCCUCACCCUCUACCGCGCCUUCCUGUUCCUUCUCCUCUGCUCCGUCCCCAUCUCCCUCCUCUGGCUCAACUCCCACCGCCUCUUGAUCGCUCUCGGCCAGGACUCGGACAUUUCCGCCCUCGCCCGUACCUACCUCGCCUUCUCCCUCCCUGACCUCCUGGCCCACUCCCUCCUCAACCCCCUCCGAAUCUACCUCCGCUCGCAGGGCAUUACCCGACCCCUCACCGUCGCUUCGCUCGCCGGAGCCGCCCUCCACCUCCCCGCUGCCUUUCUCCUCGUCUCCAAGCUCCGCCUCGGCGCUGCCGGGGUGGCGGCGGCCGCCGCCGCCUCCAACUUGGCUGCUCUGGCGGCGCUCGUCCUGUAUAUCCGGGCCCGAGGCCUGCAUGGUAUGUGGCCGCUGGGUCGGGAGUGCCUCUCUGGGUGGGGCCCGCUCGUGCGUCUGGCCGGGCCCAGCUGCGCGUCCGUCUGCCUCGAGUGGUGGUGGUACGAGAUCAUGAUCGUGAUGAGCGGGCUGUUACCCGGCGGCCAAAGGGUCGCCGUGGCGGCGAUGGGGGUGCUCAUCCAGACGACAUCGCUGCUGUACGUGCUCCCGUCGUCGGUCGGGGCUGCUGCGGCAGCACGGGUGGGGAACGAGCUCGGGGCGAACCGGCCAGGACGGGCUAGGGCGUGCGCCGCGGCGGCGGUGGGGCUGGCGGCCGGGAUAGGUUGCGGGGCGGUGGGGUUCACGGCGAGCGUGAGGUGUGUGUGGGCGCGGAUGUACACGGACGACGAGGGGGUGGGGCGGCUGGCGGCGGCGGCGCUGCCCAUUCUCGGGCUGUGUGAACUUGGGAACUGCCCGCAGACGGUGGGAUGUGGGGUGGUGAGAGGGACGGCUCGGCCGGCGGCGGCGGCGAACGUGAACCUAGGGGCGUUCUACCUGGUCGGGAUGCCGGUGGCGGUUGGGCUGGGAUUUGGGCUUGGAGUGGGCUUUCGGGGACUGUGGUUGGGCCUGCUGGCAGCACAGGUCUGCUGCGCCGGGAUGAUGCUUUACGUGGUGGGCACCACCAAUUGGGAGUAUCAGGCGGUGAGGGCUCAGCUGCUCACGUGCGGCCCUCGAUCUGGCGAGAAGGCAGAGUCGCCUGCAACUGACGAGAAUGACAACCAACCCUUGAUUUGCGAUAUGGUGAACUUACAUGAUGACGAGUGA